UCUGGCGCGCUCAGACAAGGAACGGUGCAGUCCGCGAACUAACGUCAGAUUACCAGAGAUGCUGCGCCUCUCUGCACUGCUGUGUGUGUGUCUGGCUGCGGCCGGGUCGGCCAUGAGCCCCCAGGCGGCCAGCGCCGACACCCCGCAGAACACCCCGGGUCUGCUGGGUCUGCUCGGAGGGGGUCUGCUCGGCGGCGGCGGACUCGGCGGCGGACUCGGCGGCGGCAGAUUCGGCGGACUCGGCGGUGCGGGGCUCGGCGGAAUCGGCGGGUACCCGUACCGUCCGUACCCGUACGGCGGACUGGGCGGAGGAUACGGCGGGUACGGGGGCUUCGGGUACCCGUACCGGCCGAUCGGCGGUUACCCGUACGGCGGCGGCUACCCGGGCGUCUACCCGGGAUUCGGCGGGUACUCCGGGUUCGGAGUGCGCCCCCCGUUCGGCGGCGGACUGGGCGGAGUAGGCGGAGUAGGCGGACUGGGCGGAGUAGGCGGCGGGUUCGGACCCGGCGGGUUCCUAUUCGACGAUAACAGCGCAGCACAGACCAGCGCGUCAACGUGAGCAGCGUGCCGACAAAACGACGACGCAUCGCAUUCAUAUGGGUGCUCAGUGAGUGUUCAUCUCAUUUUUGUGAAGUACUUGAUGGUUUGUCUGAACCAAAAGUUACUUCGGUAACGUACAAUUUAACCCGCGCAUGAUGGGGUAUAUUCCAUAACGCGAGUGA